AUGGCUGCUUUACGUGACCUGCCGUUCACUGGUCAACCUGGCUUGCUUGUUCCCAUUCCAGGUGACAAACCAAUUGACUGGUUCAAUCUCCUUCUUGACACCGUGUUUUUAGAGAAUAUCAUUAGACAAACCAACCUGUAUGCCCUGGAACUAUUUUGUGGCCCCACCACUACUCCCGCAUCUCACAUAACCAAAUGGAAGGACUUAGUGAUGGCCGAACUAAGAACAUUCUUAGGCCUUCUACUGUUGACUGGUAACGUCAGAGUGAAUCGAUUGAACGACUAUUGGAAAACUCAUCGGUUGUUGAAUUUUCCUAUGUUAAAGGAGUACAUGUCUCGAGAUCGAUUUCUUGGCAUUUUGAGAUGUCUGCAUUAUUCAAGAGUUGAUACCCCUGAUCACCCCGAACCUGCUAAUGACCGGUCUUUUAAAAUUCAAAAUAUUGUUAAUUAUUUCAACAAUAAGAUGCAACAGAUCUAUUAUACCAACCGUGAACUGACAAUCACCGAAGAGAUGGUACUGUGGCGUGGUAGACUGGUCUUCCGCCAGUACUUAAAGGGCAAGCGCGACAAAUAUGGAAUCAAAAUUUAUUCCCUGAAUGAACCCGAGGGACUCAUGCUGCGUUUCCAUGUUUACACAGGGAGCCAUGACUCUUGUAGUGGCAAAGGUCAUAACGUCAAAGUCGUCAUGAAGCUGAUGAGUGACUUCCUGGGGAAAGGCCAUUCCCUGUUCAUGGAUAAUUUUUAUCUUAUCUUAUCAUCCAAACUUCUACGUUACUCAACCUACACUACCGGCACCCUACGCAUCAACAGACUCCAUACACCUCCAGCAGUGAAGGCAAAGGCAUUGGGCAAAGGUGAAACGAUAGCGAACUAUGCCCAAAGUGUCAUGAUUGGAAAAGGAAGGGAUAAGCGGACGGUGACCUACAUCUCCACACAAUAUGACAACGAGAUGGUCCAAACCACCAACAGGAGAAACCAAAAACGAACGCUGCCAAAACCAAUCAUGUACUACAACUCUCACAUGAAGGGGACUGACCGCUUGGACCAAAUGGUAUCUUAUUACCCCUGUGAGUGCAAGAUUCUGGAAUGGCACAAGAAAAUUGUUGUGCACUUUCUCCAGGUUGUUGUAGCAAAUUCUUUUUACCUGUACAACAUGUACAACUCAGAUAGACUGUCCCUGUAUGACUUCUGA